AUGGCGGCCGCCAUCCCCAUUGCCUUGUGCAGUUGGCUUGGUGCCCCUACAACUUUGGCUGGAAUGCUUGGUGGUACAGCAUUGGGAUUUGGAUUAAAUUUCCCUGGAGCAGGUGGAGCAGCUGCUGUUGCAUCUACUACAACGUCAACCAUCACCACUACCACGGUCACCACCACCAGCACCAGCACCAGCACCACCAGUAGCUUUACCAUGAAUCUAAAACCACUGACAUCAACUGGCAUGAAUAACACUGUUCCAUUUGGCACUGCCCCAGCAGGGAAUCAGAGCAUUGCCUGUGAAAUCAUAACUCCUGUGAUGACAUAUGGUCAGCUGGGUGGUCUGGUAAACAAAUGGAGCCUUGAGUUAGAGGAUCAAGAGAAACACUUUCUUCAUCAGGUCACCCAGGUCAAUGCUUGGGACUAUACAUUGAUUGAGAAUGGUGAGACGAUUAUUGCUUUACAUGGAGAAGUGCAAAAGGUGAAACAGGAUCAGAAAAGGCUGGAGCAAGAAUUGUAUUUUAUCCUGUCACAGCAGAAAGAACUAGAAGAUCUCUUGACCCCUUUAGAGGAGUCUGUAAAGGACCAGAGUGGGUCUGUUUAUCUGCAGCGUACAGAUGAGGAGCGUGAGAGGAUUUACAAGUUAGCAGAAGAUGUAGAUGCUCAGCUGAAACGAACGGCCCAAGAUCUCAAGGACAUUAUUGAGUACCUGAAUACAUUUGGAAGUCCUGCUGACACUACUGACCCGCUCCAGCAGAUCUGCAAAAUUCUGAAAGCUCAUAUGGACUUUCUACAAUGGAUUCAUCAGACUUCAGGUGGGAGUUUAUUUGUACCCCAAGUUAUCUGCAUGCUGCAAAGGAAUGUAGAAGAGAUACAAGUUUUCGAGCAUCGUCAUUACAGGGUGCAAAAGAAGGUAGAAGAGGUAACACAAGUUUUCGAGCAUCAUCAUUGCAAGGAGCAGGAAUGCAAUGUCAGGAUUGCUUUUGAUUGA